AUGGGCUGCAGACGCACUGACUGCCUGGCAAGACUUCUGUCAGGCCUUUUUGAGAAACUUGGAUCACUCGUGGGCUCCUAUCCUUUUUAUUUCUUUGUGAUUCCUCUCAUACUCUCAGCGGCGCUCAGCGGAGGCUUCACUUUUCUCAAAGACAGGGAGGAUAAUGACUUUGAACGACAGUAUACACCCAGGAAAGGACCCUCGAAGGCCACAAGAGCUUUUGUGAGGGAAAACUUCCCCUACAAUGACUCCAUGUUUUCAGAGGACCGCCUGUACCACAAAGGCAACUUUGCAUCUCUCAUUGCUGUGUCCACUAAUGGCUUAAAUAUACUAACAAAUCCAGCCUUUGAGGACAUCAUCAGACUCAACAAUAAGAUCCUAAAUAUCACCGUACACAAUGGGAGCCUUGGAUUCAGUGACAUGUGUGCAAAAGUCAACGGCGAAUGUCUCACAAACAUCAUCCUGGAAAUUAUUAGCUCCAAUGAAACUGAUAAAACCGGCAUCACUUUCCCCGAACACACGCACAGAUCCAGUUCAGUGUUUCUGGGCUCGGUGCUCGGCGGGGUUAUCACAGAUGCCAACAGCUCAGUCAUAAGUGCUCAGGCUGUAAAACUCCUCUACUACUCAGAUAACAAGGAAAGCACAGCUGACGCCUGGAAAUUAUGGCUGAGGGGAUUUAAGAAGCUGUUAUCAGAAGAGACGGGCAGCAAACACAUUGACGUGUCUUACUACACCUCCAAAUCCAGGCAGGAGGAGAUUGACAGUCACACCACAGAUGGCUUCCCUUUAUUCCUCAUCACUUAUGCCUGCGCUAUCACCUUCUCAGUGAUAUCCUGCCUGAGAUUGGACAAUGUGAGGAAUAAAGUGUGGGUGGCCGUCUUCGGCGUCUUCUCCUCCAGCCUGGCUGUCCUCUCCUCUUUUGGUUUACUGCUUUACAUCGGAGUGCCAUUCGUUAUUACGGUCGCAAACUCUCCUUUCUUGAUACUUGGAAUUGGUCUCAAUAACAUGUUCAUAAUGGUGUCCGACUGGCAGCACACCCACGUGAAAGACCCGGUGCCGAAGAGGAUGGCUCACUCCUACAAAGAAGCCAUCAUGUCCAUCACCAUCACCGCUGUGACUGACGUCCUCAAGUUCUCCAUCGGCGUCCUGUCCGAUUUCCCAGCGGUGCAGUCAUUCUGCCUCUACACCAGCACCUCCAUAGUGUUUUCCUACAUCUACACAAUCACCUUCUUCGGAGCGUUUCUGGCUCUAAAUGGGAGGCGGGAAGCCAGCAACCGGCACUGGCUGACCUGCAUGAAAAUACCAUCAGAAAAUUCUGAUCAUCACCCUGAGAUAUAUAACAUCUGCUGUGUGGGAGGCGACUAUGAUAGGAACACUGGAGCAGAGAAAAAACAGCCAGCGAGUAAUUUCUUCAAGGAUUACUACGGCCCGUUUUUGAUCAAACCCUGUGUCAAAGGGGCUGUAAUCUGCCUCUUUGUGGUAUAUUUAGCUGCAAGUAUUUAUGGAUGUUUCCAUAUACAACAGGGGAUUGAGCUCUAUGAUCUGGCAGCUGAUAACUCCCACGUUACCAGAUUUAUUAUAAAGGAUAGGCAGUAUUUUUCUAGUUAUGGCCCAUCCGUGAUGAUUAUUGUAAGUGAGGAGUUCCCAUAUUGGGAUAAAACUAAGCGGCACCAACUUCAGGGAUGCUUAGAGGACUUUAAGAUGCUCCAGUUUGUAGACGAGGAUGUUUACACGUCCUGGCUGGACUCUUAUUUGUCAUACGGACAAGAAGCACAUUUAAACCUUGAUGAUAAGGAUGUUUUUCUCCAAAACUUAUCUAAAUUUUUUGAUUUAUAUCCUUUUUUCAAGCAAGAUUUGAACCUCAGUGGAGAUGUCGUUUACGCGUCCCGGUUCUUCAUCCAGACUGUGGAUAUCGCCAAUGCCAGCAUGGAAAUUCACAUGCUUGAAGGUCUUAAAAGCACCAUAAAAAGAUGCAGUGCAGGAUCUUUGUUGGUCUACAAUCAGAAGUUCAUCUUCUAUGAUCAAUACACCGUCGUAGUGAGCAGCACGAUUAAAAACGUCUGCGUGAUCACAGCCGUGAUGAUGGUGGUCUCUCUCCUGCUGAUUCCAGACCCGCUCUGCUCGUUAUGGGUGACAGGUUCGAUUGGUUCAGUGACCACGGGGGUGACUGGUUUCAUGUCGCUAUGGGAUGUCACCCUUGAUUCCAUAUCCAUGAUCGCUUUUACUGUCUGCAUUGGCUUCACCGUCGAUUUUUCAGCUCACGUGUCUUACGUCUUCGCCUCCAGCAAGAAAACGAGUCCCGAUGACAAAGCUGUGGACGCUCUCUCUAGUUUAGGCUACCCCAUCCUUCAAGGCGCCCUGUCCACCAUUUUAGGCGUGUCGGUGUUGGCUACGUCUGGCUUUCACACGUUCAGAACGUUUUUUAAAAUCUUUUUUCUUGUCAUGCUCAUUGGGAUGGUUCACGGCCUAAUUUUUAUUCCAGUAGUUCUGUCGUUAACUACAUGCAGAUCAAACAAAGAUGAAAGUAAAGACAACAGUUUAAAAAUCAGCAAACUAUGA